ACACAGGGAAAUUUUAAAACGCGGGAAAUUCAUGCUCGCUUGCUUGCAUUGGAGAAUGGAUGAAGAUGCGCAAACCUUUAUAAAGUCCCACAGAGCAAAACUUGAGCAAGAGAAGGAAAACCUAGAAAUGGCUGCCGUCCAGUCGAGAGGUGGUGGAAUACUUCCUGAAGACCGUGCGGCGGAGCGCCGUCGGGACCAGCUGAGAAGAGAGAGGCAAGAAGAAUACCGAGCCUUCCUGAAACAGCAGAGCUCCAACAAAUUUCGAGAAAGAACCAUCAAUGAUUCAACUUCAGGUCCUAGCACUACUUCAUAUCCAAGACCAAGCUCUGUUGCUGAAAAGCGUAAGGCGCUAGCUCAAGAGAGACAUCAGGAGCUGCAGUCACACAGCAAACCUCCUCUACCAUUUCCCCACUACAAACCAGCACGGGCUGUCAAUGAACAUGAAACAUCACGAGAGGCGGACAAUCAAAGGAGAAUGUGGCCAGACAGAGGCGGUCCUCAUGAUGUGCUGGAGGAACACCAUCGCUGCUCAGGAGAUGAACGUUUAAGUAGGGCACUGGCGAGGGAACGGGAGAGAGAUUACAGCCAAGGGGUUGGUGCUAGGACCCCUCCUCAGAGGCAAAGGUGGGAGGAGAGGGGAAUAAGUAAUCGACAAGUCCACUUUGACCAUGAGUAUGAUCGUGAUGGGCGCCAGAUGGAGCCGAAGAGAGAGUAUCCCUCUCAAAGGAGACACUGGGAUGAAGAAGAAGAGGGUCUUAUGCAGUGGGCAAGGGGACAAGGCAAAUCGAAAGGACUGGAAUCAAGACCGCCUUCGUCUCCAACUCAGAGUAAUGUGAAGAGGGCUGGAGGGAGCAGGUCACUGUCAGCACCUGUGGUGGGUGGAAUUGCUGCAUUGGGGGCAGGGAGCAGUGAGGCAGACAAGAAAAAGAAACAGAGAGAGUAUGCUGAGCAGCUGCGGGCACAGAUGAGGGAUAAGCAAGCAGCCAAGGAGAGGGAGAGGGAAGGGAUAUCGUCUGGCACUCACUCCCAGUCACAGCAUCCUCAGCAAGCCGAUCGUGGUAGGCCCAGCUCUCCAUGGCGACACAGCUACAGCAAUGUGGAGGAGCACAGUUCACGAGCACUUUCUCCUCGUCGACGUGAAAGAGUCCGCUUUUCUCCCGAGAGGAACAUUCAUUUCGGACCUGAUUCUACUGCAACUUCCUCCAAACCACCCGGACACCCAGCACCACUUCAACCCUACUGGCCUGGCAUGUACUAUGGAGGAUACCCCUAUCCCCCUCCAGCAAGUUUCCCGCCCUUUCCUCCUCCCCAAAUUGGCCACCCUUAUUACCCCCCUCCUCCAUCACUUCCUCCAUCCUUGAACACAAACCCUUAUCUCUCUCCCUACAUUCCGCCUCAUUACCAUUCCGAUUCGAGACAACAAACUACACGAGACAAGAGUUCAAAUGGUCGACUGUCCCCACGGAAACCCAUGGAGGCAAGUGAAGUGGAGGAGUUAAAUUUUGUGCUUCGUGAGAGCGACAGUGGGAAGGGAAUGGCAAAAGCCAAGAAGGACUCCUACAGACUCCAGCUGUUGGAGCAGAUGAGUGAGAGGAAUGAGAACAAGCAAAAGGAGUGUCUGGAGAAGAGAGAGUUUGAGAGAAGGAAACAGCAGGAGGUGUAUGACCCUUUUGGGAAGGGUGGCUGUGGGGCUCCAAUUAGAGACAAGCGUGGUCAGCUGGUGACUGACCUGAAGCAGAUGAAGAAGGUGAACGACGAGAGGAUGAUAAUAGGUCUCCCUAGUACCACUCCACUCCCGGGGGAGAUAGCUGAAGGUGGGGCUGCAGGGAUCCUAGACGGUAGCUUCAAUGAACCAAACUCACCCCGAUCCUCGUACGAGUUUCGCCGGAGCAAGGAGCUGAGAAGCAAGAGCGUCCAGGACGACUACAAGGAAACUCUAGAGCAACAGAUGAGGGAACGAGAGGAGAUCAAGAGACGCGAGAAAGAGAAGAAGAGUGAAGCAGACAAACUGGAAACGGAGAGAAUUGAGAGAGAGUGCAAGCUGCUUGAGGAGAAGUACAAACUGGAGAGAGAGGGGGAGAAGCAGCUGAAGAUGAGGAACGAGGCAUUGAAGCGAGAGGAGGAAGAGAGGGAGAGAGAGGAGGCAGAGAGGAAGAGGGAGGAGGAGUGGAGACAACAGGAGGCACUCAAGCUUGAAGCAGAGAAAAAGAAACUGACUUUCAUUGAGAACAUGGAAAAGCAGUUGCCUGUUGAGAGCCAACCUCGAUCCAGUUCUCCACCGAUCCCUACACUCAGGAAAAUGGAUCCCCAGUUUCCUGCUCAAACUGCUAUCCCUAGUCACCCUCAACUACCACAGCAGCAACUCCCUACGUCACCUCCAGUACCGACCCUCCACCACAAACAUCUGAUUGCUAGUAAUAACAGGGGUCAGGGAGGGACGCAAGAAUACCCCAACAACAAUGGCGUACCUCCUGAACAUCAGUCUCAGAGAACCAGCACAGCAACAAUCAGACGGCCUGACUCGGCAAAACUGGAACUGCUGCAGCGCUCAUUUUCAGCUCAUGCUGGUGUCCCUCAACCUGUCAACGCACCCAAUGAAAAAGCUGGGGUCAGCGGUGGCAGCAGUAUGAAUGUAGUGGGAUCCUCCCGUAGUGCACAACACCUCCCUCCACCACAUCCAGCUGAGGCUAUACCCCAGUCAUUAUCUGAGCCUCGUCCAUCAUCAUCUGGAGUAAGUGCCACAUAUGGGGCACCAGAGGACGAUGUGAUGGAGAACCUCCUACGUAACCUGCAUAGUGUACGCAGAAAACUAGAAACGGAGAGACAGAAGGUGAUUGCUCCCAAGGAACCAGACCAAAGCACGACACGUGGUGAUGCCAAUCCACAAGGACCGUGGUUACCAGCAGGUGUCGAUCCUAAUGGAGGCAACAAUAAACCUGGGUUCUGGAAAGCAAGACUAGCCGGCCAUCGUAAGAACAGACCCACUUCCAGUCACCCCCACCACCCUCCUCCCAGAGUUCCACAGCAGAGGGAGGAGAAGAGAGGAGAGGACAAGCCAAGGAGGAGACAGUGGAAGCUCAUUCCCAGGGAAAACAUCCCUCUGCAAAUAUCCUCUGAACACGACGAGGAUCGCUAUUCUGCAUCAGGUACAAGAGAAGAAACUGCCCCGAACCCCCACCCGAGACAUGCCCGCAACAACAACAGCCAGAGACUUGGUGGAGAAGACAGGAGACAUGUCGAACCCCGGUCAUGGCUCAGACCCAGGCUACCUCAAAGUCACGACCCAACCAGGGGGAACUAUGACUUCACUGACUCACACAGCCUCCGACCUCCGUCAGUAGGCGGAGAGAGCCAGUUCUCGAUGGCCACUCUGGACGUUGAUGGCAUGGCUCGUCGUAAUGAGGAGAGAAUGAGACGACUCGAGAGCAUCUUGAACUCACAGGCCAGAGACUCAAGAACGCCACAGAGCAUUCUCUCAGACUUUCUUUCCAGAAACGGCCGAACCAAAGACUAUUAUAAUCAGACCUCAUCUAAAAACGGUGUAUCGUCAUCUCCAAGAAGACCGUUUGCUGCCAAUGUGUUCACCCCUCCAGAUGUUUGUCAGUCCAGAGAUUCCGAUACUAGUCAAGAGCUAGACUAUGAGACUGGCUACCCUGUGGCUGCCUCAACACCUACAUAGCCACUUGUGGGAUUAUGGAGUAGUAAUGUGUGCCUAUCUGUAUGCCUUGCUGUAAUGAUAAGACAGGUUUCCGAGUCAGGUGUAUUGUGCCUAUAUACAUUGUACGCA